CUUCGGGACGACAGUUGGUGAAAAAAAGAGAGCUGAACUAACGUUACUCCUGUUUACAAGAAGAUAAUGGAGAUAAAACUGCCAAAUGUCACCUGCAGGCGUGUCUUAUUGACUGGAUUUACUCUAUGUGUUCUAUUAGUCACAAAACCUACGUCGGCAAUCGACGUACACACUGAACCCGAAGUGAUGAUGGAGAACGGCACCACAGGGGUCCUCCGAUGCACCUUCCAAACCUACGCAGUCGUCACCAGUUCCACCUCAGUAACCUGGACUUUUCAGUCCAAUCAGCCCGACAAUCAGUACUUCAAAGCUCCGUACGUGAUUUUCUACUUUUCCAAUGGGAAAGGAUUCCCAGGACAAGCUGAGUUCAAAGACAGAGUGCAGUUUAUUGGAGACAUAAACAAGAGGGACGCUUCUAUACAGCUGAGUUCUGCUCAGUUCAGUGACAACGGCACCUACUUCUGUGACGUGAAGAACCCGCCAGACGUACAGGGGACACAGGCUCGAACAGAGCUCAGGGUUGUUCUGAAAGAAUCUCUCCCGCAGAGCAAAACUCCCAUCAUAGUUGGAGCAGUUUGCGGUGCUUUAUUUCUCCUCGUCCUCAUUGCCGUAGCUGCCUGCGUUGUCAUGAGGAUGAUUCACAACCGCCAUGAUUAUGAAGGAUGUACAUCCUUGGAAAGUGUGAGCUCUCAGGCUCCGCAGCCACGAAAGAAGGUGGAGUCCAGCCAGGAGGGCUCCAGGUGUACCAGUCCCUCGGGUCCACUACAGGGCCCGGUGAUAUACGCCCAGUUGGAUCACUCAGGCAGCAAAAACUCAUUUCAUAAGAUGGAGCCAGUGGUCUACGCAGACAUUCGUAAAAACUGAAGAGGAACCGGGGACCAAAAAAAGAAAAGAAAAAAAAAAAACCCCCACAGAACAACACAGUAAAGUAUCAGACCUCUCUAUCAGCUGCUCUUGGGAAGGGUGGGGAUAUUUUAACAGGGACAAAACUGAUGCAGUUUCUUUUUUCUCUCCUCUGAAAACAUAAUGAUAAUAAAACGAUGUUUCCAUAUGCAUUAUUAUAAACACUAAAAGAAACACUCCAGCGGGCGAUACAUUGCUCCGUAACAUCAGCCAAGUUGAUAAGAAGUUGUUCUCUAACACUCUCUGUAAAAAUAUUUUUAUUUUAAUUUUAUUUUAAUAUUUGUGGCUUUGUGACUACACACACACACACACACACACACAAAUCUAAGCUCUGCAGUUUGUUGCACAAGCAGUGGUGUGAGAAAUCGGAUCGUGGUGAUGCUCAAGCUGAAAGACAGUCGUCCAAAAGUUUCUAACUUGUCAGAAAUACAUCCGACAGCCGGAUCUGAAACGAUCUCAAACUGAACGUCAAACGACAGCCGACACGACCAAAUUUGGCUGUGGGGGGGAUCAAUUCAGGCUUAAUCCGUACAACGUCUACCCAGCAUUACACACCGAGACAGAUGCCAAUUCCAAGUUAUGUAUCAACUCAAUUUUGUAACUCGCUUUUAUGGUGAAGCCUGUUUUUUUCUAUAACACUAUUGCCGGACUUCCAAAGUACAUUUCAGCUAAGCUAUGUUUGAAUUUACACACAGCUGGUGCAACAAGCUGCUGAAGCUCAGUUCGUCUCCACCCGUCGGGCAGUUCCACGCGGUGAUCUUGUUUAGUAGGGGGGGUGAAUAAUGUAGAGUUGUAUUUUACAUUGCCUACAGUAACUUUGCAUGCAGUUAUAAUGACAUCUACAAGCUAAAGUUGGUACUCCUCAACGAGUCGCAAAACAGAAGAAGCCGUCUGACGUUGUAUUACUGUGAAUGCUUCACUUUUCUGUAAAGUUCUGGCAUGUUGUUGUGGUACCUUUUUUUUUUUUUUUUUUAAAGACGCCGCCUCCCUUUUGAUUUUUACCUCAGUGGAACAUGUUCUUUAACCUUUUUAUUCUGCCUUCUGGUUAUUAUCAGAAUUUUAUAUAAUUAUAAAUAAUGAACCAAAUUUUGGUUGCUCUCGUCUUUUUUAAAAGUGCAUAAUAACACAGAUGAUGCAACCCAGGAAGAGUUCUGUUUUUUUUGCAUCAGACCACAAGAUGUUUUUGCUUUUUUUUAGGUGCACUUAGAAAUAAAAGGUUUGCUGCUAAUGAUAAUAAACCUGGGCCUUUUCUUUUCUUUUCAACUUAGUUUUAAGUAAGUAAGUUUUUAAAAUACGCACGUCAAAACAAUUUUCCACUGAGGUGAAAUAUCUCUUUUUCUUAAAUCUGGGAGCUCUCAUUUGUUGGGACAAAAUAAAUGCUAAAACACUGUUUGCAUGCAAUUUACUAACAUAACAAUCAUAAUUAUGAAAAUAUCCAUCCUUUUUCUUUAGAAACUAUGUAUCACGUAAAGCUUUUUUUUUUCCAAAAUUAUGGGCCAAAUGUCUAAUGUCAACAGUAAUAUUAGGUAAGUUCUUUACAGAUGCUUUUAAGCUUUACAAUACAUUCCAAAAAUCUUAUGGUUUUCCUUUGUCUUGAAGCAUUUAACAGCCAAAUUUAUCUUGUAUUUUUGUUUGUCAAUGGUUUGCUUAUCUAUGAGAAUGAUGUUUGUGUUGCAACCAGUCUAAACGCCUUCAGCUUCAGCUUGUCAUUCCAAAAUGCAGUAAAUAAUUGUGUCGACCAAUAUUUGUAUAUAUUUCCUGCUCAUGUAAGAUAUAGUGCUGUUUACUGUAACUCAUUCCAGUGUGGUAUGGCUGUGGAUGUCUUUCCAGAGAGGGAAAGUAGUUUGCUGUAGAGGUCUAGACAGUUGGUGGCAUGCUAAAUCUGUUUUCUCUUUUUAGUCUUAAUUAUUCGUCACCGGACACUCCAACUUCAAUACAGUGCCUGCAGGAGGUGUUGAGCCUGUCAAAUUCAAAAUGGCUUGAAUUAAGCUUUCUUUAGUCAACAGUGUGUACAAAAACCACAAAAUUAAGAUGUUUUUUGGACACCCACCAGCAGCAAGUAUUGCUGAUUAGAUCCUUAUUAGAGCUGAUUGUACCAUUUUCUACUGUAUUGAUUAUUGCCUUUGUCUGUCUUGCACUGCUGUGCUCACAAUGUUCCUUACAAGACUCUGUAGCAACUUGGCAGGGCUGCAAAGCUCAUUACGCACAUGAAACAAAAUAGGUGGAUAGAAUAGAUUAUCCCACCAGGACAUCAAAUUUCAAGGUUAAUUUUUGUCAUUUGCAUGCUUACGCAUGAAACGAAAUUUGUGCAGAGGUCCAGCAGCGUACAAUGCAAUAAGUCUAAUAAUUAGUCCUAUACUAAGAAUAAGUAACAAUUAUAAGCAUAUUUAAUCAAUACCACAGUGCAGUGGAUAAAAAAAAAAGAGCUGAGCAGCGUUAAAAACAGAGCAGCAUGUUAAGUAAUGAUAACAUGGCAGCAUGACAGAUAGCAGCACAGAGGCAGAAUGGUGAAAGUGUGUUUAAUGAGGCAUGGAGUUCACCAGUCUAACAGCCUCUGGGUAAAAGCUGCAUUUGAGCCUAGUUGUUCUGGUCUUAAUGCUCCGCAGCCUCUUGCCCGAGGGGAGGCGGGGUAAAACACUCCAUGGGCCGGGUGGGUAGGGUCCCCCAUGAUGCGGGCCGCACUGCUUCUGCACCUGCUGAUAUAGAUGUCCACAAUGGAAGGAAGGCUGCUGCGGGUGAUCUCCACCCUCUGCAGCGCCUUCCUGUCAGCAGCAGAGCAGUUCCCAUAACAGGUGGUGAUGGAGAAGGUGAGUGUACUCUCCACCACACACCUGUAGAACGCUGUAGAGCACUGAGGUAUUGAGGCCGGCCUGCCUCAGCCUCCUAAGAAAAUAAAGGCGUUGGUGGGCCUUCUCUAAGAUGUUGGAGGUGUUUAUGGUCCACUUCAAGUCCCUUGAAAUGUGGACCAUUUCCACAGCUGCUCCACUGAUGAACGGGGGGAGGGAAUGUGGCUUUUACUCCUAAAAUCCACGACCAGCUCUUUCGUCUUCCCCACAUUGAUGCAGAGGUUAUUCUCCCCGCACCGGUCCACCAGAUCUUUCACCUCCUGCCGGUACAACGACUCGUCAUUGUGGGAUAUCAGUCCCACUACUGCUGUGUCGUCUGCAAAUUUCACAAUACGGCUGCCUGGGUGUUCAGCUGAGCAGUCAUAUGUGAAUAGCGUGUACAGCAGGGGGCUCAGGACACAUCCUUGGGUAAUGGGGGAGGACGAAAUGCCGUGGAUUUUCACAGUCUGUGGCCAGUGUGUCAAAAAGUCCAGGUCCCAUCUGCAAAGGGAAGGUGUUAAUCUGCGCAGCAGUAGUUUAUUGGCAAGAGUCUACGGGAUGAUCUGCGUCUGAUGUAGAGUGGUUCUUCCUGUAGGCGUACUGGAGUGGCUCUAUAUUGAUGUCAAUGUUGUUCCUUAUGUGGACCAUGAAGAGCCGCUCCAAGCAUUUCAUGAUUAUCAGGGUCAGAGCCACCGGGCGAUAGUCAUUCAUGCUUUUUGCUGCUGUACUUUUGGGCACCGGGAUGAUGGUGGAAGUCUUAAGACACACUGGCACCACAGCCCGUCACCCUUCCCGGGAUAUCGUCUGGGCCUGCUGCUUUCCGGGGAGUUGAUGCGCUGCAGAGUUCUCCUCACAUCCACAGCAGACACACUAAGGGGGAAGCUCACCUGGUGGAACAGUGAGCCUGGAGCUGGAGGAGGAGUUGGAGGCUUCAAAGCGGGCAUAGAAUAUGUUAAGGGGCAUCUGGGAGAGACAGGUCCCAGGGGCAUUCAGUAUCUCUCUUGCUGUAGUCAAUGAUGGUCUAUAUGCCCUCCUACAUGUUCCGGGGGUCAUUGGUGGAAAAAUGACCCUGAAUUUUAAGAGCAUACUCCACCUUUGCUCUUUUAAUCCCAGCCUCCAGAUUCCUCCUCGCUGCCCUCAGUGCCAAUGUGUGUCCAGAUCUGAAGGCUGCAUCCCGCGCCUUGUGACGGGACAGAGUGCGCAGUGAAAUCAGCAGCCACACAUUUCUCGGUUCUCUAUUUCUCUGUUUUGCGUCUUCAGGUUAGGCUAAUUCAUUGUUGCUAACUUAUUCCUAAAAGGAGUUACACUACCAAUAGUUUCCCAGGCAACGACACAGAGGUUGCCUCACGUACCAGAAUAGCGCUGCACAGAGACUCCCAA